AUGUUGGAUGUUCCUGAAGUUAGAUGGAUUAGUAAUGGGCUCUUAGUUGGUCUGUUAGAAAGGUACAAGUUACCAAAGCAAGGAAUAACUGGAUGUAAAGAAAUGAAGUUCAAAAUAAAGGGGAGAAAAGUCGUGUUCACAAAGCCAGAGUUUGAACUUAUCACAGGAUUAAGAAGCGGAGGGAAUAGGAUAACUUUGAAUGAUGAAAGGUUGGGUGACUUCGGGUUAAGGUAUUUCAAUAUGGGAAAAUCUGUUCAGCGAUGUCAUAUUACGGAUGCACUGGUGCAACACAACAGAGAUGACCCCGGAGUAGAAACUGAUGAUGUUGUAAAGCUAGCAUUGCUACAUCUGUUGGGCAAUGUUAUGUUUGGGCACCAGUCAUGUGUUAGUUUUCCUAUUGGAUACAUUAACCUAGUAGAUGAUUUGGAUGCAUUCGAUAAAUUCCCAUGGGGUGAAGUCAUAUGGGAAGAGUUGUUAACACAUGCUGGGAGAUGUGCACAAUCCAUUAAAGCUCGUGGAAGGGGAAGAGUGACAUUUGGAGGGUUUGUCUUUGCCUUACAGGUAUGGGCAUUUGAGAAAUUUCCUUCCUUGAGAGAGUCGGGGCAUUGUCAAAUUGUGAAAGGAAGAGAAGAUUGGAUUCCACGUUGCCUAAGGUGGGAGAUUUAUGCAAAGAUUUCAACACAGUUUCUUCAUGAAGCCAUAUUUGAAAAUCCAGAGUUUGAAGUGUCAAAGAUUGUUCCAAGUGAGAGGGAGUUAAAUGAUCCUUCAUUGGCAUUAUUUGCUAAUGAAUACAUAAGAAGGGGGAUAGAUGACACUGUGCAACAUAUUGAGAGCUCAGAAAAGGCUGCAACUGUAGAAGAAAUCUGAGUGUUGGUAGUGCUAAGAAAAGGAAACUUUCAACAACUGGAAAUGCCCAAAACAAGCCAAAAGAGAAGAGAAAGAGAACUAUUCACAGUAUGAAAGGGGAAUUUCUUCCAAAAAUAAAAUCAAAGAGGAAGAAGGAGAGUCAGAGUCAGAUUAUAACAAUUCUCAAUGACAUGAAAAAAAUGCAGGAAAGCCAAGGGAAAGUGCUGAAGAUGAUCCUUGAGCAGUUAGAAAGAAAAAAGGGAGAUGAUA